AUGAAAACCUACGUGCUACAAGCCCUUCUUCUCACGCUCGCUGUCGUGGUUGUCCGUGCAGCCAACACAGGAAUCGAGUGGCCGCCAAAGCCACAGAAGUGCGCCGAAGGCGAAACCUGGAAGGAAUGCGUCGGAAGUUCAUGCGCUGAACUCACCUGCAAACACCCCGAGCCUUCCCGCGGAUGCACCGAAGACUGCGGAUACGGAUGUUACUGCGCUCCGGAUUUCUUCAGGAACGCCAAUAAAAAAUGUGUCAAGAAGGACAAGUGCCCCUGAAAACUGUCACCAACCUCAUUAUUACGCGAAAAAUAUAUUGUGAUUAAACACAGCAUAUCCAGUAUUA